AUGGGCCCCGAAACAUCACCACCCCCAAGGCGGGGUGGUCAAACUGGUUCGAUUUUACUUAGGGGCUCCAUUUGGGUGCUGGCCAUCAUGUCCAUUUCCAUACUCUCCAUCGGCGUAUACGAGCACACCCGCCCGUGGAAGCAGAUCCUUAUACGGCGAGAGCUGCAGGAACCACCACCACCACCAGUGACAUGGCAGGCCGUGCUCGACAGCCUCAUGUCUCCGGACACGGCAGAGUCGUUGGUGAAAGACAAGCAGCUGAGGCGCAGCAUCGGCCUCGCAGUUGAAAUCACCGCCAGCUUGACGCGGGACCUGGGCCACAAGUACGACCUGCCUUCGCUCAAUGAGGUCGGGGAUAAGCUGUCAAAGGUGCGCAGGGACUUGGACAGCAUUCAGACCCUACCGCUGUCCAGGAAGCGACAGCUCUUCGGCGGCAUGACAUCGUCCGGUGGUGGAAGUGGUGGUGGUGGAUUUCUCAGCAGCCUUAUUCCGGGAGGAGGAGGGGGAACUGGAACAACAGGGGGCGACAACCAACAGAGUGGCGGCCUCCUGUCCCAGAUGGGCAACGGGGUGAUCAGCGAGCUGACCAAGCCGCUCAAGGAGGCCUUCAACGGCAUCAAAGACAAGCUAGUCCAGAACGCCGGCGGUGCGACCUUCUUCCUCGGCGUCGGAGUCGGCGGCGGUACGGCUCAGGGCAUGAACCUGACAGACGGGCCGGGGACCAAGGCAUUAAUGGAAAGGGUGGCCACCGAGAACGGACAGAACGCCUCGGGCUUGAACCCCGCCAUCGAGAACCUCGGCAUGGGUCUCACGGCAACCCUGCUCGGCGCGGUAGACAUCAAGGAAUUGGGCAACAAGUUCAACAUCAGCUCGCUGCUCGGCGACACCCAGAUAUCCGAAGUUGCCCUCUCCAUGUCCGAGGGUCUAGGAAACGGUGCCGCCAAGGGGCUGAACCUCGGGAACGGUGCCCAGUUGCAAGCCCCCCGUGGUAGCAAGAUAGUAGACGCCGUGGGGGCCCUGGGAUUCGGGCUCACGGACUCGGUCACCAGCGCCAUGAGUAAAGGUGGAAAAGCCUCCUUCGACGUGAGCAGCUUCAACAUCACCCCGAUCCUCGGCGGGCAGAGCUUGACCCAGGUAGCCUUGGGACUCGCCGAUGGACUGGGUACGGGCGCCGCCAAGGGUUUGAAGAUGGGCAACGCCACCAGCGCCGCGGCGCCCACCGGAACCCAAGCCUCGGACGUGGUGGGCGCCUUUGGCUUCGGCUUGACCAACGCCGUGACUCGCAACCUCGACACCAGCAAGGGCUUCGACGUGAGCAGCUUCAAUAUCACCCCGCUCCUCGGCGGGCAGAGCUUGACUCAAGUAGCCUUUGGACUUGCCGACGGUCUGGGCUCCGGCGCCGCCAAGGGUUUGAAGAUGGGCAAUGCCACCAGCGCCGCGGCGCCCACCGGAACCCAAGCCUCGGACGUGGUGGGCGCAUUCGGCUUCGCCCUGACCGACGCCGUGACCCGCAACCUCGACACCAACAAGACCUUCGACUUGGGCAACAGCUUCAACAUCACCCAGCUCCUGGGCGGACAGACGCUGUCGCAGGUGGCACGCAUGUUCGCCGACGGCAUCGGCAGCGGCGCCACCAAGGGCCUCAACCUGGGCAACGCCCGCGUGCGCAACGUUGAGCCGCCGCAGGGCACCUCGGCCGCCGACGUGGCCGGCGCCUUUGGCUUCGGCCUCACCGAGUCCGUGACCCGCAGCUUCGACGGCAGCGGUGGAAGCUUGCCCAUGAACUUUGACAUCGACGGCACGCUCAAGAAGACGUUCCCUGGGCUCAAGAUCGGCAACGUCGUGCAGGGCUUCGCCAGGGGUUUCCUCCAGGGCGCCGGUGACUCCAUCACCAUGAUGGGCGGCAUCCAGGCCAUGAUGAACGGCACCGCCGUCAUCCCGACCACGUUCCCCAACGAGACCAUCGCCUUCGACGACACGCUCGGCGGUGCCGGUGCCGGGUUCGGACAGGGCAUCGGCGGCCAGGGUGUCGUGGUGGCUGCCCAGCUCAUCGCCAAGCAGUUCCCCAAAGCUCUCAACAUAUCCGGCGUCAACAACCGUACCAUCCCCACGCGGCCGUUGUUUGACGCGCGCGACGCUGGAUCCGCGAAACUGAAGCGCCGUGACGACGUCGUCCUCGCCGGGCCGGGCUUCAACCUGUCGGCCAUCAUCAACGCCGACACCAUCUCCAACGGAACCCAGACCGUCCUGGACCUGCUGCAAUGCGAGGGUAUCGGCGGCAUCAUGCUGAUCGGCGUGGGUCUGAUCCGCAGCGGUGCCAUCUCGAUCGACAUAAUGGACAUCAUCAAGGGCGGCAACCCCAUCUCCAAAUUCGGGCUUAACCAGAACGUCACCAACACCAUCAAACAGGUCAUCCCCAACGGUACCAUGCACUUCCAGAACCGCGGGAACUUUUAUGACAUCGACGGCACAGGAAUCAAGUCCGCUCUUGACGGUAACACAAACGCUGCCAUAGAUGGCAUCAAGGUCAACAACCUCAAGAUAAUCCCCUUUAUCGUCCUGCUCAUCAUGCAUAUCGUCUUUGCCAUCAUAAUCUUCAUCGCCAUGCUCCCGCUGGCCCUGUGUCUCGAGUCCGCCCGCAACAUCCUGGCCCGCAUGGCAUCGCCGUACCUGACGCUGCCGCGCAAAACCUCCAAGUGGAUCGGCAUCAUGUACGCCUACAUCAUCGCGCCGGUGCUCGUAAUCGUCUUCGUCUUUGGCAUCGUCGUGGCCGGGUCUCGACAGGACCACUUCCGCAACGCCCACGCCAUCCUCGGCCUGCUGUCCGUCAUCUUUGGCCUGCCCACCAUCGCUCUGUACUGGACCGACACGCGGCUGCCCGUGAUGCGCGCCCGCGUCCUGUCCGUCCUGGCCAGGGACAUCAACACGGCCACGUUCCGCAUGGCCCUGACCCGCGCCAUCUCCAACCAGCUCUUCCAGACCCUCGCCGUCACCACCAUACUGUCCGGCUUCGGCCAGGUUUCGGGCGUCGCCCUGUGCGCCACCCAGGUCGUGCCCUUCGAGUUCGCCCUCUCCAUAGGCUUCGCCUUCGCCAGCAUCUCGUCCAUCGGCAUGAUGCUCAACUGGCUCGACUUCUACAUGGCCUGGCGCAUCUCGCGCAUCCCCCAGGCCAUGAAGACCCCCGACGCCUCGGGGAGCGACACCAACGACGGCGGAGACGAGGAGGCUACGGCUGGCAGCAGGGCCGUCUCCAAGGGGAAGCGCCCGGAGCGCGGUGGCGGCGGCGGCGGCAGCGAUCCGGAAAAGAACCGGCGCCCGUCCAUGACGCCGCGCGAGAGCAGCGGCAUCUUCUACCCCGAAAAGUCCUUGGCGCCGCCGCGGUCGGACAACGGCAGCUUCUUCUUGUCUGAAAAGGUGCCACAGUCGCGGGAAGAUGGCACCUUUUUCUACCCCGAAGAAAAGUCCCCAUCCUCAUUCUCGCCUGAUGUGCGGUCUUACAUGACGGCUGCGUCGCCUUCCCAAGCAAGAUCCUCGCCUGCGGGAGCUUCUCAGAUGAAAGAAACUGAACCAACACGCUCAGCACUACCCGUGUUGAGAAGUGGUGUAACGCGAAAUGUAAGGGAGCUUUAUGAUAAUAAAAUCUAG